UUUCCUUUUUCAUACCGAAAUUGAAAUAUUUGGAUUACCUCUACAUGAACAUGUUUGGGAUGAAAGCCAAGAUUGCAAACUGCAAUAUCAAGGGAAAGGUACAUUAAAUCGCUAAAGGUGCAGUGACGUUGCACGCAACAAUGGGGUCAUUUUUAAAAAUGCAGUCUUGCAGAAGGUACGUGGUGCUUGUUGUUUUUCUUUCUUUCGUUCGUAACAUAUCGACUUCAGUGACUCAUUAUUCAAUACCGGAGGAAAUGAAGGAAGGAUCAGUUGUAGCUAACAUUGCUACAGAUCUCAGCCUGGAUGUUAAGACUUUGAAUCAGAGAAAGAUGCGUCUUGACAUUAUUGCAAAUAAGAAAUAUCUGGAAGUGAACAAAGAGACUGGAGAACUGUAUAUUGUAGAGAAGAUUGACAGAGAAUACAUGUGUCUUGCAAAGUUGUCUUGUUAUCUCAAACUGGAGGUUAUACUAGAAAAUCCACUACGAAUCUUUAAUAUAGAAGUAGAAAUUCUGGAUGUUAACGACAACGCCCCGCAAUUUCGGAGAGACGCCAUACAUUUAGAUAUAUCUGAAGCAACGCCGAAAGGAGAGAGAUUCUCUCUCAGCAAUGCAGUUGAUCCUGAUGUCGGAAGUAAUUCAGUGAAAACAUACCACCUGAGUGAAAGUGAACAUUUUAAUAUUGAAGUUCAGACUGGAAGAGAUGGAUCGAAAUUUGCAGAAUUAAUCUUAACAAAGAGUUUAGACCGAGAGCAGCAGGCUGUGCAUAAUUUAAUUCUCACAGCUGUAGAUGGAGGCACACCUGCACGUUCUGGCACUGCAAGUAUUAUUGUGCAUGUUUCGGACAUAAAUGACAACACUCCUACUUUUGACAAAACAAAUUACAGCAUCAAGAUAAUGGAAAACUCUCCCAUUGGAAGUCUUGUUGUUCAUCUCAAUGCAACAGACCUAGACGAGGGUUCAAAUUCUGAUAUAACAUACUCCUACAGUUUAUAUACAUCAGAGAAAACGCAGGAAACAUUUAAUCUGAAUCCUUCCUCUGGUGAAAUUACUGUUAAAGGAAUGUUAAAUUAUGAGGAUUUCAGGAUGUAUGAUAUGGAGGUUAUAGCAACAGAUAAAGGAGUCAAUAGUUUAUCUGGACAAUGCACUGUACAAAUUAUGGUUGAAGACAUGAAUGACAACCACCCAGAAAUAUCUAUUAAAUCCUUUCAGAGUCCAGUCAAUGAAAACAUAGAAUUAGACACAGUGAUAGCAGUGGUGAGUGUCAGUGAUAAAGACUCAGGGGACAAUGGAGUGGUUGAUCUUCACAUUCCAGACAACAUGCCUUUCAAACUGAGGGAGUCCUCUGAUAACUAUUAUGAAUUAGUGGUGUCAGAGCCGUUAGACCGUGAGAGGGUCCCUGAAUAUGACAUCACUUUCACUGUGACAGACAGAGGCUCUCCUCCUUUAUCUGACAAUGAAACAAUGACCUUAGAGCUGCUGGAUGUUAAUGACAAUGUGCCACAGUUCCCUCAGUCAUUUUAUACUAUACGUGUGGAGGAGAAUAACGCUCCUGGAGCCCUGCUCAGUUCCCCAACUGCGUUUGACCCUGACCUCCAUGAAAACCAGUAUCUUGUUUAUUUCAUCCUAGAGAGGCAGAUAGCCAACACCUCCAUGUCCAUGCUGUUCUCCAUCAACCCAGAGAACGGGAAUCUUUACGCACUCAAAACUUUUGACUACGAGAUUGAGAAGGAGUUUCUCUUCCACAUCGAGGCCAGAGACUCUGGCUCUCCUCCUCUCAGCAGUAACGUGACGGUGCACAUCAUCAUUGUGGACCAGAACGACAACGCUCCGGUUAUUGUCUCUCCGUGGCGCGCACACGGCUCGGUGGUGGAGGAAAAGAUCCCCAGAUCCACCGAUAAAGGCUCUCUGGUUUCUAAAGUGAUAGCCUUGGACACAGACUCGGUGCACAACUCCCGGAUCACCUACCAGUUCCUGCAGGUGACUGACGCCACCUUGUUCAGUCUGGACCAAUACAACGGAGAGAUCCGGACCAUGAGGAUGUUCAGCUACAGAGACCCGCGCCACCAGAGACUGGUUGUCGUUGCCAAGGACAACGGCGAGCCUGCCCUCUCUGCUACAGUCACUAUAAAGCUGUCCACAGUGGAGACUGCCGUGAAGGCCUACUCUGACAUGACCGAGGUGCCUCUAGAAUAUGACAUCUUCUCAGACCUCAACCUGUACCUGGUCAUCGGUCUGGGCUCCGUGUCAUUUCUCCUGCUGAUCACCAUAUUGGUCACCAUCGUAAUCAAGUGUCAGAAACCCAAGCCAAGCAAAGCGGCUCCUCCCUGCAGGAACAGUGUGAUCAGUGAGGGGAACUCCACCAUCGCAGACUCCACUCUGGUCUCCAACGACGCCUACUGGUACAGUAUGCUUCUAGCAGAGACCAGAAAAGGAAAGAUGGUGGUCAGACAGCCUGUGCCAAAGGGCUCCAGAUACAUCGUGUCCAGUUUACCACGAGGCACUGGACUCACAGACACUAGUGGAUCAGCAGCCUCCACUCUGCAGUACCCUAAAUGAGGAAAGUCCACUCAGCAGCUGGAGGCAUCCACCAGCAGCAGCAGGAGCUCCACACAAGGCCACACCCUCAGCUGCGUAUUGGAUUAACGCUGACAGGAAAGGAGAAACCCCCAGUCUGUUAUGACCCCCCACAUCCAUCCUGCCCACUCUUAUCCUUGUUCCUCACAAUAUGUAGCCGUCAUGCCAUAACACCAAAUGGACUAUGGUGGCUAAUUAAGGAAACAAGCCCUCCCCCUCUCUUUUUUCAAGCACAUGAAAAGCCUAUCAACAUUGCCUCUCUGUCCAUUCAAUACGCAUGAUUAGACUGCAUGGCUUCAACCACACUCUGAGACCCCUCAUACAAACAAUUUUCAUUUGGAAACACUUGCAAAGAAGUAGACUGUAUGAAAGAUUACAACUGUGGAUAUCUAAAGAAGCCUCAACAAGGACUGCGUGGACAUGGGAAUGUUGAAAUGCCUUUAUUAAGAGACUGUUUCCCCUCUCUAAAAUGAAACACAUGUUGGAUAUUACAAUAUGAACCUCUGUGCUUUGUCUUGAUCCUUAACAGUAUUGAUGUAUAAUAUACAAGUUAACUAAAAAGUGAAACAGCACAACCAACUAUACAAAAAAAGCACCAAUAUUUUAAAGUAUGAAAAGAAAGUGGAUCAGUAUUUUAUAGAUGUGGUAGCUUUCAACAGUUUUAUGUUUUGUACAUUACUUUGUGCUGUAUAUAUGAGCUAAGCCUGAAUAUAUGAAUGAUAUUGCUGAGAGAAAGUUAACCAGUACAUUAAACAGAUGAACGUGA